AUGGCCUCAAAAUUUCUACGAGAAUACAAGCUGGUGGUAGUAGGAGGUGGUGGUGUCGGCAAGUCAUGCUUGACCAUACAACUCAUCCAGAGCCACUUUGUGGACGAAUAUGACCCUACAAUUGAAGACUCGUAUCGCAAGCAAUGCAUGAUCGACGACGAGACGGCCCUUCUCGAUGUCCUUGAUACCGCCGGCCAAGAAGAAUACUCCGCCAUGCGCGAACAGUACAUGCGCACAGGUGAAGGCUUUCUCCUGGUCUACGCAAUCAACUCGCGGCAGUCCUUCGAAGAAAUCCAGACCUUCCAGCAACAGAUACUUCGAGUCAAGGACAAGGACUACUUCCCAAUCAUUCUUGUCGGAAACAAGUGCGAUCUAGACCACGAGCGAGUUGUAAGCCGUGAGGAAGGAGCUGCUCUCGCCAGACAGUUCGAUUGCAGGUUCAUCGAGACCAGCGCAAAGAGCCGGGUUAACGUCGACAAUGCUUUCCAUGACCUGGUCCGUGAGAUCAGGCGGUACAACCGUGAAAUGAGCGGCUACGGCAGCGGCGCGCCUCAAAUCGGUUCUGGACCACCAGGUCACAAACUCGAUAUGGAUGAUCGGGAAGAGAGCGCUGGCUGCUGUUCAAGGUGCACAGUCAUGUAA